AUGUUUAUUCCAGAUUAACGAAAUUUGGGAGGAAGAUAAAUUAUUUGCAAUAUGGUUUGGAAUCAUCGACUCUCCCUUAAUAUUAUGGACGAUAAAUCUGCAGCCUCUCCAAUAUAGACAAAAAUGCAUACUCCUCGUUAAGGAUGCUACACAGAUAGACAAGGACAAAACAAGCCAUCUUUUUUUUUUCGAAGAAUACCUACUAGCAAUUACCAAAAAUAUAAAGAACUACUUUACAAAAAGCCAUUAUCAUUUCCUAAGAAUUAGCAUAAAAAAAAAUAUGACACAGAUAUUAAAAUAAUAGAUUGGAAUUUUGUUGAAAAGGAAAUUAACAAAUACGGGAAAGAAUUUUAUAAGGUGAAUCUACAUUAGUUCAUUUAAUCGUUUGCAAAAAAAAUGAACAUUAAAAAAGAAUAUGAUUUUGCUACUCUUAUUGAAAUGGUAUUAAAUUCCUAUCCAAAUAUUAAAUAAGAAGAUUUAAUCGAAAUAGCAUCUGAUAUUAUUGUUGAUGAACUUUGA